GAGGCGGAACCCGGCGAGCCGCCGCCCGCCAAGCGGCGGAGGGCCGCGCUGCCUGCGCCCGGCUCGUGGGCGGAGCUGGACGCCACCGCGGCUGCGGAGGCCGAGGUAUUGCGGUGCUUCGCCUUCGGCCUCCCUGGAGGGGUGCGGUUGCCAGGGGCCGAGCGCGUGCUCUGGUCGUCUGGCGGGGCGGCCGGGGCGCGCGGCUCCGGCAGCACGGCGGAGGCGCUCGGGGAGGAGUCCGCUCCUGCGCGUGCCGCGCCGCCUGGCGGCAGGCCCGCGCGGCGGCUGGGAGCCGUGGAUCUAACGGGAUCAACUCGCGCGGCUGCUCAGCUGGCGUGUAUGAGCCGCGGGGAGCUGGAGGAGCUGUUGCUGGCCGCGGCCUUGCGCGACGAGGGGUUGCUGGCAUCGGCGCGGCUGCCGGGCGGCUUCGCGUAGCGCGUGCCUCUCGCCGCGGCUUCGCCGCCCUGCGCGGCUGGAGCGGCUGGCGUGGCCGGCGCUGCGCGCGGCAAACAGGAGACCGGCCAGCCGACCGGCCAGCCAUCACAUCCGGGCCGCCGAAAUGGGGCUGGAGUGGACUGAG